GUCUAAUAUGGCUGCGCCCAUGUGUUUUUGCUAGCUGUAGCAAAUUUAAAACGUUUGUUAUUUAUGUUACUUGUAAUGCUAGUUAUACCUUUCUAGGGAACUUUAAACAAUUCUCAGGAUGAGUGGGGAGCCGCCAAAGAAAAAAAGACGCUAUUCAGGUAGCAAUAUGACUGGCGAAAGCGCGGAGUCAUUACGUCAACAGCGUUGUCAUUUGCCCAUUUACUCGGCUAGAGGCCGACUGAAUCUCGAAAUAAGAAAAACGUCAUCGGCAAUUAUUAUAGGUGAAACAGGAAGUGGAAAAACUACUCAAAUACCUCAGUAUCUCUAUGAAUCAGGCAUGGCAAGGGAAGGUAUGAUUGCCUGCACUCAGCCCAGAAGAGUAGCAGCUAUCACUGUAGCCCAACGGGUUGCCAUGGAAAUGGGUGUGGAACUAGGAAAACAGGUUGGAUACUGUGUACGAUUUGAUGACAUGACGUCCCCAGGGACCAAGAUUAAGUACAUGACUGAUGGCAUGUUGCUAAGGGAAGCCAUCUUGGAUCCUCUCUUGUCCAAAUAUGCUGUGGUGAUUUUAGAUGAAGCUCACGAGAGAACAAUUCACACCGACGUGCUGUUUGGUGUCAUCAAAGAUGCACAACAGAAAAGAAAAAAAGGGAAGGCAUGUCCGUUGAAGGUUAUUGUUAUGUCGGCAACCAUGGAUGUUGAUCAUUUCUCCACAUAUUUUAACAAUGCACCUGUUCUUUACAUAGAGGGCAGAGAACAUCCUAUUGAGUUACUCUACUCCAGUAUGCCACAGAGCGAUUACUUGUUCGCUGCCAUAGUAACAGUGUUUCAGAUACAUCAAGAUGAACCUCCUGGCCAUGAUAUUCUUGUUUUCUUGACGGGACAAGAGGAAAUAGAAGCAAUGUUGAAAUCAGUAAAAGAUAUUGCCAAGGAUUUACCUUCAGAUUGUCCACAACUUCUUGUGUGCCCAAUGUAUGCUGCGCUACCACCGGGUCAACAAUUAAAAAUAUUUCAACCAACUCCAGCUGGUAGUCGGAAGGUGAUUCUUGCCACUAACAUAGCAGAGACAUCUAUCACAAUACAGGGUAUUAAGCAUGUUAUAGAUACGGGUAAAGUGAAAGCCAAGAGUUAUCAACCUGGCAGUGGUCUUGAUCUCUUAAAAGUACAGUGGGUGUCUAAAUCACAGGCAUGGCAAAGAACAGGGAGAUCUGGCAGGGAAGACAGCGGUACAUGUUGGCGGCUAUACACAGAAAACCAAUUUCAAGAGUUAAGGGAGAAUACAAUUCCCGAAAUACAGAGGUGCAAUCUGUCUAGCGUUGUACUACAAUUACUUGCGCUGGGAAUUCCAAAUAUUUUACGCUUUGACUUCAUGGAUAAACCAUCAGCAGAAUCUAUUAUCAAUGCAGUUGAUCAGUUAAAUUUACUUGCCGCCGUUGAGAAGAAAGACAAAGUUCAGUUAACAUCACUUGGGAAAAAGAUGGCUAUAUUUCCCCUGGAACCGAGACUGUCUAAAGUAAUUCUCAUGGCGAAGGAGUAUAACUGUCUGGAAGAGAUAUUGACUAUUGUGUCAUUGCUGUCAGUGGAAUCCGUAUUAUUUACACCACACAAUAAGAGAGAAGAUGCUCACGCUGCUCGUAAGAAGUUUACCUCCAGUGAUGGUGAUCAUAUUAUGCUACUCAAUAUUUACAGAGCGUACAAAGCGGUAAAAGGAAACAAGCAAUGGUGUUUUGAGAAUUUCAUCAAUAUGCGUCAUAUGCGUAAUGCUCUUGAUAUUCGGCAUCAGCUACGUGAGAUGUGUGUAAGGGCAGGCUUACCAAUACAGUCAUGUGGACCAGAUACAAGUGCAAUAAGGAAGUGUAUAAGUAGUGGACAGUUUAUGAACACUGCAGAGUUACAAAGAGAAGGAGAGUAUGUUACGCUCGAUAGGAGACAAUCAGUGUCAAUCCACCCAUCAUCAUGUUUAUUCCAAUGUAAACCUGCAUACGUACUAUAUAAUGAACUUGUGUAUACGACUAAAUGUUAUAUGCGGAAUAUUUGCGUAGUUGACCCAGAAUGGCUUUACGAGGCAGCUCCAACGUACUUCAAACGAAGAUAUGGUGGGAAAAAUAGGUGACGACAUCCGAUGACAUUCAAAUUCUACUUAAUCCUGAUAUUGAAUAAAAUUGCUAA